AUGUCAAGAAGCAGAAAAAGGAGAGGUAGCCAUCUCAUCAUAUUUUCUCGAGAAGGAGGGUGGUUGACUCACCAUUUGUACAACUAUCAAGGCUUCUGGUAUGACAAUCACUUCCUUGGAGGAGUCAUCUGGGCCCAGCAACAUUUUGAGGCCCGGCCCACUGACACCCUCUUGGCCACCUUCCGUAAGACCGGCUUGACAUGGAUCAAGGCUCUGUCAUUUGCUAUUGCCAAUAGGCACAACCAAGACCUACCCAGGCACACUUUACUCACCAAGAACCCUCACGAAUGCGUGCCCUACAUUGAAUUCUACGCCUAUGAGAAGGACCCCAUCUCAGCCCUCAACGCUCUUCCCUCGCCCAGGCUUCGCUCCACUCACAUCCCUUAUGCCUCACUGCCAAGAUCGGUUGCGUCCGCAGGGUGCCGGAUCGUGAGCAUCAUCCGAGACCCAAAGGACGUGUUCGUGUCAAUGUGGAGCUUCAUCAGCAAAGUAAGAGUUACAGAUAUUGGAGUCAGAAGCAUAUUUGAGAAGAUAAUCCCCCCAAUAUGCCUGGAUAAAAAUUUGCUGAUUGGCAUUCAGUGA